CAUCCGAGUCGGGUUCCGGUCUUUACUCCGCUCUCUUACUUUUUUUUCAUCCCAUCCAACGUCGUGUCGUGUCGUAUCGUCACGUUGACAAUUCUCGCGACCGUCGAGACGUCAAGUUGGAAAUAGGCGAUCAAAUCGUUGUAUCUCGCGUUGUAUCUCUCUUUCGCGAUAAUUUCUUUUAUCAUCCGCGGGACGAUGGUCGCGAUUACUCUCACGUAUGACGUUGCCUCGUCGUCCCGAUAGUUGCAUUCGUUUCACGCAGGCAUCGAUUAUCGAGCUCGGUUAUUAAUCUCUAUGAGAUUAUCCGUUCAACGUGUUUGACAGUUCUCUUUUCGCUGAUCAUUGGUUCUUACGCGAUCGCGAAAACCCACCUCCCACUUCGAGUGUCGCGUCCGCGACGUCUGAUAACUACAGCUUUAAUAAAUUGUGUCACAAGUUUUGAAUUGUAAGAAAGAGAUUGCAAUCAUGGAAUCAUCAGAUAGAAAGAAUGUAUAUCUUACAAAAACUGGUGAUAAUUCUUUAAAUUCUGGUAUGAGAGACACUAUGAUUGUUGGCCAGACUAAUAUGGCACCAGAAUGUGGUGGAGAAGGCGUGAUGAAACCUAACAAUGUAUCAAGUGUCUCUACUAACCAAACCAAGUGGUCCACUGGUCAGAGUAAAAAUUUCAUCAUCAAUGCAGUGCCAGUGAAGAAUGAGAUUGUACAUUUGGAAGAUGGUAAUGCACAUUGCAAUACUAAGAAAAUGUAUUACUACGAUAGACAUUAUACUGGUCAUGAGGAACCAGAGAGACCAACACGCAGAGGAACAAAAAGAUAUAGAGACAAAGAUGCACCAAAACGAGCAUUAUCCGCGUUUUUUUACUUUUGCCAAGAGUUACGUGGCAAGAUGAGAGAAUUGCACCCCGAGAUGGGAGUAGGUGACAUUGCGAAGGAAUUAGGAAAAUUGUGGAUGAGCACGGAUCUGCAAACAAAAUCUAAAUACAUGGCAAUUGCAGAGGAAGAUAGAGCCAGAUACGAGAGAGAAAUAAUCGCAUACAAUAAAAGAGUGAAAAAUUAUGAUCCAGAAGAAGUUGGAACUGUAUAAGUUGUAUGAUGGAUACAUAUGGGACAGGAAAAACUGAUGAUUUUAUUCUAAUUCGAGCACUCGAGCGCAGCAAGAUACGAGAGUACAGGACGAUAUUACUAACAUAGUAUUACUGACUGUUGUAUAUAUUAUGUACACUGUUGAUAUUGUCCGGAAAAGAGAAAAAUUUACUUGCAAAAAUUCGAUUAUAGUGAUAGAAACAACCAGAUUCGGGGAAGAUAUAAAUUCCAAAUUUUUUUAUAACGAAUUUCUCCAUCACAUGCAGACGCUAUAUCAUAUACAUAACUAAUGUGUGCUAAUAUAUAUAAAUAUACCGACGAUAUGUAAUACAAGUACAAACUUCGGUUAUCUGAACGUUUAUACUGUAAUGAACAUGUUGAUUUUAGAUAAUCAUACAUUUGGUCAUUCAGCAUUCGGAUAAUCCGAGUUUUGCUAUAUAAGUUUUAGUGAUAGAAUAAUGGUAAUUCAAGUAACAGUAACUGCUCUACUAUUAUGGUACAUUAAUAUUAAACAAUGAUAACAAUAAUAAUAAUAUUGGUAAUGUUAGACUGUAAUAAAAGCGUAUAUAUUGCACCAUGCACCUAUAUUGCAUUAUAAAAUUACAGUAGGUUGCUUUGUUAAGAUACAAAAAAAAAAAUGAAAGGACUGGAAUGAUAAAAAAAACAAGAUAAUUCUGCUAUAUGACAAAACUGUAUACAAUGUUUGGAAAAUUUGCUGCAAGAGAUUGCAUUGAGAAUAACUUUGCUGCCUCGCAAUAGAGUUGAUUUAAUUAUAUAAUAAAUUAUAAUUUUAAGUAUGUAUACAGUGGGUAAAAAUAGCAUGCAUUAAAUUAGUUGAAUUAUCAUAAUUAUUUUUAAAUGUAAACAAUAUUAAUUCAGAUGAAGAAUAACAAUCAAAUACAAUGCUAAAAAAGCUAAAAAUAAGAAAUAUGUCUAAGAAUGAGAAUGUCUAGGCAAAUACAAGCUCAGAUCAAAUUGAUUACUAAACUGUAAUCGAAUUGAAUAAAGAUCAAAACUAACUAUGUA